GAUGGGAGGGUAUGGUGCCAACAUUUGAUGAACGCGAGAGCGAAAGAAUACUCGGGAUCCUCAGAAAGAGCGGAGUGGAAUGGAUGGAUUACUUAUGUCCUCCAUGCCCCCUCGAAACCACAAGUACUACAUAUAGCAGUGAGGGAGGAGUGUUGGAAUCCCUCUCUGUCUUCCUUUCCGGAUCCCUCCUCCAUCUCUCUCUCCUACAGUUGCGGCACACCCUGUCUGAUACUU